AUGAUAAUUCUAUUAUCUAUUUUUCUUCCCCUAACAACUGGAGUAUUUUUUGAUAUCCCAGGACAUACAGAAAAAUGCUUUAGAGAAUUCACAAUAGUUGGUUCAGAAGUCCACGGCUCCUAUGUUGUUUCUGGCAGAGCAGAUUAUAAUGUAAGGGCUAUAGUAACUAACCCAGAUGACGAAAUUAUAUAUAAAAGCCCAUAUCGCUCCAGAGAAGGAAACUUUGUAUUUCAUUCAGAACGUGGAGGGUAUUACAAAGUCUGCUUUAAAUCAAUUGAUGGGAAGCUUAAAACUGUCAAUUUCGAAUUUUCUGUUAAAAAUAAAGAAAAUAAUUCAGUCGCAAAACAUGAUGAGCUGCAGCCAUUAUUGAAAAACUUGAAUGAAAUGGAAAACAGCCUGGAAAGAGUCAAAAAUAAUAUAAAAUUCUACCAGAGAAGAGAAGCUGUCCAUAGGGAUUUAACUGAAAAUACUUGUGAUUGAGUCCUAAGGAGCGCAUUUUUGAAAUUAGUAGCGUUAGUUUUGAUUUCUUCAGUACAAAUUUAUUUAAUAAAGAAAUCAAUAGGAGGAAAAGAAUUCGUAGUGUAA